AUGCCUAUUUCUAUCAUUUAUAUCUUAUUCACCUUGUUUGAUGCUUCAAAUUGUUAAUGGGAAAUAAAUGAAAGCUUCUUAUCUAAUGAUGAGAUAUUUACAACAAGCGGCGGAUCAAGCUCAGAAAAUUUUUUAUUGCCUUCAAGCUAAACUUCUGCAAAUUUUAUCACUUGUGCAUCUCCAUAUACAAGCUACCUUACUUUAACUAAUGCAUAUCCAUCUGCUUGGACGCCAAAUAGAUGCACUAUUUAUGAUAGGGAUUGGAUAUCUAUGGAUUUAUAUUUUUAGGGUACAUGGUCUUCUCAAUAUGUUUAAUUUACCAUUGGCACAUUUUCUUAUUCAUAUACCUACAUAUCCCCUGCAAAUUAUCUAUUAACAACCGGAUUUUGUGAUGCUACUCCUUUUUAAGUUAGAACUUUAAAUUUUACACUAGCAAUAGCAGUAGGUAGUACUUAUUCUUAAUUGAAAUUUACAUCCUCUAAUACAAAUGCAGGUUUAGUUUCGAUUAGAAAUAUCUUUGUCUCAAGUGUAAAAUGUUAUCCAUCAUGUUAUUCAUGCACAGGUCCAAAAUACAAUUAAUGUACAAUCUGCCAUUAUGGGAUCCAAACAAACAAUAUCUGUCCACCUUGUCCAUCAAAUUAAUACUAUUAGAAGGAGUAAGGAUGCAGAGAUAUUUGUGAUGUAUUCUCUCCAUUAUACUAGAAUGGAUUUUGUUAAAGUUAUCCAAUUGACAUUAUAGAAGGUAGUUAUUUUACUGAUCCAAUCUAUGAUGACAUUUUCAAAUGGUCAUUAAUAUAUGAUCCAUAACAUGUUGAUACAACUCCAACUGCUAUUAUUAUCGUUAAUCAUGUAUUAGGAGUAUUAAAAUAUAAUUCAGGAGUUUAUUAAUAUUUUAAUUCACUUUUUACAUAUUCUAAUCUCCCCUAUUUGAUUGGAUUGCAAAUUACAAUUAUGCUUUUUAAUGAAAUUCCAAUUAAUUGUGGAAUAUAGUUUAAGAUUAACAAUACUUAUUAUGGAUCUAUUUAUAAAAAUGCUUCGGGAAUUCAAACCCAUAAAUUAAAAAUCUCUGAACUAUUAAAUUAUGGAAUUGAAUCAACAUAAAUGUAUUUCACUGUGUAAUAUGAUUUAAUUUUAUAUAUUGACAUUCCAAAAUAUGAAUUUGUAUUUUAAGCAAUUGGAAACUAUACAGAUGGCACAGCAGGAUGGGGAUUAAGAUCAGUCUAUUUUACUUCAGGAUAUUGCUCUGAAUAUUGUAAAUUGUGUGAAGUAUCAUUUAAAUGUAAGACUUGUGAAAGUGGUUACUAUUUUUAUAGAGAUGGUACUUGCAUAGGCAGUUGCUCAUAUCCAUAUUAGAGAUUGAGUGGUUCUUAUUGCUAUGAUUAUGAUGAUGAAACACCUUACUCUUAAUAUUUAGUUUAAGAAUAUAUGGAUUAAACAGGCGAUCCAGAAUAAUAUGCAAAAUAUAAAUUAAUCUCUCAAAAUGGAUCGAACUUUUUAAAAGGUUCAGAUAUCUAUUAUUCAUAUUGGUAAAAAUUUAGAGUCUUUGGAGGACCUAUGGUAUGGGCAUAAGCUAAAUUCUAAAGGGUUCAUAAUAUAAACAAUCCACAUCAUAGUGUUACUAUUGCAUUUUAUAUUUUAUAUGGACCGUCAUUCCCUUCAAAUGGCAAAUUUAUAUAUACAAUUGAAAGUAAUACACCAGUUCCAAAAUCAACUGCAGGUAUUUAUUUAAUUAAUUCUGAUGGCUCAAGAAAAGAUUAAAUAUAUGAAAAAGUCCUUCAUAAUACUAAUACAUUCACAAUUACUUGGGAAUGCUUUGGACCUAAUAAUGAACCAAUCAAGGCAUAUUUGUGGAUUUUAUAAUUAUUAUAUUGCUGUUCAUAAUUGCUAACCUUAUUGCUUAUAAUGCUCAGAUUAAUCUACAUGUACUUCAUGGAACAGCACUUAUAAUUCUAAUAUUGUUAAAUUCUCUUAAGCAGGAUGCUCGAAAUCUGUAAGAUGUUUAACUUGUCCAUCAUCCUGUUUAACUUGUACAUCAAAACUAGAUUGUUAUAACAUGUUAAUCAACUUAUACCUAAUCUAAAUUAGGAUGUACUUGCACAAUCCAUUAAUAUGAAGAAUCAAAUUAAUGUUUUAGUUGUCCUAUUGAGUGUAAUUAAUGCUUAAGUUCUACUUACUGUAUAGAAUGCUUUAACUACUAAUAACAGAUAAUUAUCCUAAGGAAAUUGCAAUUGUAUUGAUGGGUAUUAUCCAAUUAUUUCAAAUCCUAAAUGCUAGCUAUGUCAUUUAUUUUGUAAAACUUGUACUGGGCCAACUUCUGAUGAAUGUUUAACUUGCAAUGCUAUUUUGAAUAUUGAAAAAGUAGGAUCAGUGUGUAGAUGUCCAGGAGGGAAGUCUUAUUAAUAUACAACAAAAACUUGUUCAUCUUGUCAUUCAUCAUGCUCAACUUGCUUUAGAACCACAAUUGAUGGCUGUUUAACAUGUAAUUCUACUUUAAAUAGAUUAUUAAAAGGGCUAAAAUGUGUUUGUGCACCUGGUUAUUAUGAAUUAAGCAUUGUUUGUACAAGUUGUCCAAUUUCAGAAAAUUCCUCUCUUAGCGAAUGUUAUAAAUAAUGUAAUAAUAAUUAAUUGAUUUGGCAUACUAUAACUUGCAGUUCUUGUGAUACUGGAUUUCAAUUAGUUAUAUGGAGAAUGUCAACCUAUUUGUGGAGAUUUAUAAAUAAAAGGAUAUGA